CUAGGUGCAAGUACCCAUGUUUUUUUUUUCGUAGCAAUGUAUACUUCUUUUAAAGUAGUUACAAAUGCAAAAGCAACUCCCUCGGUACUUCUGAGUAUUCGGCUACAAGCAGAACCGUAAUAUAGAUUUUUCUAUUCGCAUAUCCUGCUCAACUUUUUAACUAUUAGUUGCACUGCUUUGAUUACUGACAAAGCCGUAAGAAAGAUUCGGAGUAAAGUCGGUGAGCCUAUGUGAAAACAAUAAAUACUAGUGUCUUGUCACAAUUUACAAGUUUGGCUAUGCAACGUGAACAUUCUUUAUGCUGAUGUGUUAAGGAAACAUAAUGCUUGGUGGAUUUUAAAAGCCACAAAAUCAGGUUAAAUCCAUACUUUUGUCGAACAGCCCGUUGUUUAAUAGGUUGUAGGCUUCACAGCUUCUCCUAGCAUAGCUCACAUCUAAGGGACGAAGAGAUGGCCUCCGAUAAGCUGCACUCCUCUCAAGGCUCUAUACUGGUGGAAAGCGCCCGACAUAUGGAGGUUCCUUCGCAGGCAAGCAGUUUUUUCCUUGAAAAGUCGAACGAAAUGCCCCAGUCGGAAGUACCACGAGACCAGCAAACGGCUUUAUGGCAGCAGAAUUCUUAUCUAGAUCAUGGAAAUAUCGGCUCGGGAACAGACUCUGGUAUUCAGAGUGCCGGACCUGUAUCUACUGUAGGAACUGGCGCUGAUGACGAAAUGUUUUGCGAUUGGGAUAGCCAAAGUUCAACAGGAGACUUCUGCAAUGGUUAUGGAGUAACCUCCGGUACUGUCGAGCAAACCAAUAAUACAGUUGAAGAAAGAAUUGCUUCUCAAAAUCAACAAAUUGUACAAGGUAACCGCACGCCUAAUUUCCCAGCGCCCUUCAACUCUACGCUUACUAGCCAGUUCAAUCCAAACGAAUCUACGGUGGCGCAGAGGUUACCCGAAUCAUGGCGAGUGUCGCGUAACGCUGUCGAUAAUCUAAAAGAUUACCAAGGCGAUGCCGACAUUGCCAAAUCGGUUCCGCAUCUAGCAAAUCUACUGAAUGAUGAAGACCAUGUUGUGGUUUCGCAAGCAGCAGCCGUUGUCUACCAGCUAUCGAAACAAGAAGGCUACCGUCAUGCUAUUCAGAACUCCAACCAGAUGAUGAGAUCCCUUAUAAAUGUCAUGAUCUCUUCAAAUGAUCCAGAUACGAUGCGCUUUACUACGGGAACAUUGCAAAAUCUUUCACAGCAUCGACAAGGCUUAUCUGCCAUUUUCACAUCUGGCGGCAUUCCUGCUCUUGUCAGAUUGCUAGCGUCCCCUGUAGAAACCGUGCUUUUCUAUGCUAUUACCGCUCUUCACAAUUUACUUCUUCACCAAGACGGCAGUAAGGAGGUUGUCCAGCAAGCUGGAGGACUCCAACAGCUUGUAUGUUUGCUGCAAAGAACCAACGUGAAGUUCCUCGCGGUUGUGACGGACUGUCUACAAAUACUCGCCUAUGGUAAUCAGGAGGCCAAGUUGACGAUCUUAGCGUCUGGAGGACCCACUGCUCUUAUAAGAAUAUUAGAACGUUAUAACUACGAUAAGUUACUGUUAACUACUACUCGAGUGCUAAAGGUGUUGUCCGUGUGUUCGUCAAACAAGCCGGCCAUCAUUGACGCCAACGGUGUGCAAGCGUUAUCUAAGCAUUUAAAACAUGCUUCUCAACAAAUUGUAUUGAAUUGCCUGUGGACUAUCCGUAACCUUUCCGACGCACUGCUUCGUCAGGAUAAUGUGGAAGAGUUACUUCAAAAUCUUAUCGAGUUACUCGGCUCACCUAAAAAGGACGUGGUAACAUGCGCUGCCGGCAUUUUGUCAAACCUCACGUGCAACAAUCAGAGAAACAAGUCACUUGUCUACGGCAUGAGAGGGUGCCAAGCGCUAGUAAAUGCAGUGAUGAAUGCUAACGAUCGUCAAGAGAUCAUUGAGCCUGCUGUUUGUGCUCUGCGCCACCUAACAUGCCGCCAUCCCGAGGCUGAACUCGCUCAGAAAGUAGUUCGUGGAUCUUAUGGUCUGUUUAUCAAGUUGCUGCAUCCACCUUAUACGUGGGCAGUCGUGAAGGCCGCCAUCGGAUUCAUACGCAAUCUCGCUUCAUAUAGCGAUAAUCAUGGCGAUUUGCAGAAAAAUGGUACUAUCGAACGCCUUAUCAGUAUCUUGCGCAAGGCCUUCGAGGAUAUGACGGCAAGUCGCGUAAAUGGGGGAUCCGUACCUCAGUGGGACGGCGUCACUAUGGCUGAUAUUGUCGAGGCGGUUAGUGGAACCCUGCUCCUUUUCGUAAAAGAGCCCAGAAACCGUCCUAUGCUACGCUCUAUGCGUGUUACUCCUGUGUUUGUGCAACUUCUCUAUUCGGACAUAGAAAGUAUACAGCGGGUUGCUGCAAGCUUCCUCUGUGAGUUUGCGUCGGACAGAGAAGGGGCUCAUCAAAUUGACGCCGACGGGGCCACAGGCCUGCUAAACGAACUAAUGAUCUGCCGACACGAUGUGGCUUCACGGUAUGCGAGCGAAAUUCUGUCUCGCAUCUCUCAUAGCAAAACAUAUACAUAUGGAAAAAUUCCGAGCGUGGGCGGAGAGAAACCUACGCCUUGUGGUGCUCAGGAUACUCGUCAGUCAGCCGAGCAGGAUCCAAUGGAUAUUGAAAUAGAUUUUUACACUAAUCCUUCCCAAAUAUAUCGUGGCCCACCACACCCUCCUACUGAAGAAUUCCAAAAUCCGAUUCGCAACCAGCAUCAACACACGUAUACUGCUAACAGCUCAAACAUUAGGAACUAUUCGACCAAAAAUACUUGGGAUAACUGAGCUAGAAGCUAGGUCGCGGAAGCAGCUGAGCUCAAUGCACAUGACUGUUUAUGGGUUGCGUUUACAUUCUCGAACAACUCUCAAAUGGGCUACCAACACUUUGAUACAGUCAAAGGUUUCUGGUGUGUCCCCCCUUCGCCUCCCCUCAAAAUCUAACUUGAGAGACUUUUUAAAGUCACCUAGUUGGUACGUAUGAUGCACAGCAGUAUUUUCAGAAAUUGUUUUCAAAAACGUGUGCUGUACAUCAGUUUGCGAUUGGCAAAAGCAAACUGAGAUCUCAUAAUAGUGUUGUUUUUAGAUAUAACAAAUUGCAGAGGACAGGAGUUCGGAGAAUAAAAGCCCCGACAGGAAAUUUGUAACAACCUGAUAGUACAUUUGUUUCUCUUUUUCUGUCCUAACCUCAGUCUAAUCUAAUCGGUCAGUAGGCGCGAGGAAAGCAAGAUACGAUUUUUUUUUGUUUAUCUAUCUGUGAAUUCAAUUCUUUUUCACUAUUCAUAUGUAAAAACACUGUUACCGCUUAACCGCUCGUAUAAAUUUAGUGUGUGUUUUUCAUAUACGGAGCCGCUAACUUGCUCACCUCGCUAAUAUUAUCACACAAAACAUGUAUCGAAAUACAGAUGGCGGAACACAUCCGCGGUACUUUCAAGGUAAUGCUUUAAUAAAGUAUAGAUUAAAGCCGAAUCCUUUUUUCUAUCUGUUCUAUGACAAGUACGUCGCCACAAUGCAAUCAUUCACGUUUAAUCACUAUAUCUAUUACAUUAUAUUUACUUGUAUACUUGUAUUUAAUACACUCAAAAAGCAUCACAAUAAAGUCAAUUUCUUAACGCCUAGAGCUAUUAUUCGUUGUUGUUGUAGUCUAUACAACCUUACGACAUGAAGACGGUACAUUUCUAUUGCAAUCACUCUGGCAACCCAGAGGGCUUUAUGCCCGGACAGUCGGUAGCGGAGUUCUAGUACGCCACCUGAUUAAUCGUCAGCGUCGGAAAAAGCACAGGCUCCGGUUAGAACAGUACUGUCAUCUAAACCUA